AAAAGCAUUAAUUCCUCCCGUAUGAAUUCGCCAAUCUGAAUUUCCGGGAAAAUUGAGAAACCAUGGAGACCGCGCAUCUAGCCUACGUGCUCCUCUUCCUCGUCACCGCCGUCCUCCUCUUCCAUCUCCGGCGAGGCGGCCGGUCAGCUCCGGCGAAGCUCACGACGGCGCACCGCCCGCACCCGAACCCCGUCCUGGGCAACACCGUCGAGUUCAUCCGCAACCGGCGCCGCUUCUUCGACUGGUACACCGACCUGCUGCGCGCGUCGCCGUCGGGCGCCAUCGAGGCGUGGGGCCCGUUCGGCGCCGGCCACGCGGUGACCACGGCGUGCCCGGCCGCCGUCGAACACCUCCUGCGCGGCAACUUCGGCAACUAUGUCAGGGGGGCGAGCUUCCGCGCCGCGAUGUCCGAGCUCAUCGGCGACGGCCUCUUCGCCGCCGACGGGCGCCUCUGGAGCGUCCAGAGGAAAGUGGCGUCCUACGCCUUCUCCUCCCGCGCGCUCCGCCGCUUCUCCGACGACGUCCUCGCCGUGCACCUCCGCGGAGGGCUCCUCCCGUUCCUGGACGCCGCCGCGGCGUCCGGGGAGGCCGUCGACCUGCAGGACGCGCUCCGCCGGUUCGCCUUCGACAGCAUCUGCCACGUCGCGUUCGGCGUCGAGAGCUCGACGCUGCUCGAGACGGCGAGGGAGGACUCCGGCCGCCACGAGGCCCUCUUCGCGGCGUUCGACGCCGCCGUCGAGAUCUCCUUCCGGAGGGCGCUGGCGCCGUUCACCCUCGUGCGGAAGCUCACGGGCCUCGUCAACGUCGGCAGCUCGCGCCGGCUCCGCGAAGCCAUCGGUGUCAUCGACGACUACGCCAUGUCCGUCGUCGAAUCCAAGGAGGCGGCGUGUCGCGAUCGCGAUAGCGAGGACGUGGACCCGGACCUGCUGUCGCGGUUCAUGGCGGCCAUGGACGAGGAGGACGGCGGCGAGCUGGGCGCCAUGUUCCCCACGCCGGAGGGGAAGCGCCGGCUCCUGCGCGACGUGGUCGUGAGCUUCGUGCUGGCCGGCAAGGACACGACGUCGUCCGCCCUGACGUGGCUCUUCUGGCUCCUCGCCGCGAACCCGCGGUGCGAGAGGCGCGUCCGCGACGAGGUGUCGCGGUCGCCCGACGGCGACGGCGGCGGCGACGCGAAGGGGAUGCACACGCACUACCUCCACGCUGCGAUCACGGAGGCGAUGCGGCUGUACCCGCCGGUGCCGUUCAACGGGAGGGUGGCGGUCGGCGACGACGUGCUCCCGGGCGGCGCGGCGGUGCGCGCCGGGUGGUUCGCCAACUACUCCGCGUACGCGAUGGGGCGGAUGGAGAGGCUGUGGGGCGAGGGCUGCCUCGAGUUCUCGCCGGAGCGAUGGCUCCGCGACGGCGGCGAGUUCGUGGCCGUGGACGCGGCGCGGUACCCGGUGUUCCACGCCGGGCCGAGGGCGUGCCUCGGGAAGGAGAUGGCGUACGUGCAGAUGAAGACGGUGGCGGCAGCCGUGCUGCGGAGGUUCAGCGUCGAGGUGGCGGCGCCGGCUCCGGCCAUGGAAUCGCCGCCGGCGUACGAGAUGACGGCGACGAUGAAGAUGAAGGGCGGGCUGUGGGUGCGGCUAAGGAAGCGGGAAUAGUCAGUGUGGCAUGCAAGAAACGGGUUGACGUUCACCCGAGAUAUUAGAAUCCAUCCUAGGUGUUGACCACAAUUGCCGUAGGCCCGUUGGAGUAGCACGCCAAGAGAGUGGCUAUAAAAGUCAAUAUUUUCUGUGGAAUUUGGGGAUCUGGUUGACGAUGAUAUGUAGAAAGAUAUCAAUAUUGAACGUGCUAUUUAUUUGUAGAAAAAAAACAUACUGGAUGUUAUCUUUA